CAACAUCAAAAGAAAACCAAAAAUAGAAAAAAACACACAAUUCGACAAUUUUGAGUUCUGCAAGGUCCUGAAAUUUUUAACUAUUUCGUGGAUUUGGUGUAUUUUGGGCAAUUUUGCCAGCAAUUUUGGUGCCUGGUGCAGGUGUGUGCCGUGCCGUGAAGAAAGUGUGUCGUGGACAAACGGGAAGAAAGCUCCCUUCGCCGAAAGGGUUUAGCACCACAACAGCAACACUGUUGUUGCACAAAUGAGGCAUAUAAAAAAUCGCUAAUGGAGUAGAAAAGUGUCGACAAAACAAAGCGCAUUCCGUUCUUUCCACUGCACACAGGAGAAUCUUGGUGUCCUGGUGCGAUUUAAAUUCUUCCGCCAAGUGCCAGAAUCUUUCGUACUCGCGGAACACACAGCGCACAGUGUCAUAGGAGCACACCGACCAGCAGGAGCCAUCGGGAGGCUGAUGUACGAAUGAGGUCCUUGAAGGCUUCAAGCGCUGUGAUGCUGCUUGAAUUAAUAACGAGCAGCUAGAGCAGCCUUCUUCCAAGAUAGUCGGUCUCAUCGAUCUCGCUUGUUCCGUAUUGUUCCUGCUCCCGAAGUGCAUCGGGGUGCCGUGACCGGAUUAUACGCAUUCCUCAGAAUGAUAGAUGAAAUCGUAGACCGCAUCGUUCAGUUCUUUUCCACUGGACUGGUGGAAAAAAUCAUCAAAGCUUUCCUAGUCCUAUGCGAUCGGUUUGUGAAUUUCAUCCUUUCCCUAUGCGAGGGAAACAAUUACAAGAAAAAGGACGAAACGGUCGAUGUGCUGUAUACUAGUGGCAACUUUUUGGUCAUCAACAAGAAGCACGAUUUACUGAUAAACUCAAAUGACACAAAAAAGAAAACUGUGCAAACAAUAAUGCGGAAACAAUUUCCCGAAUACGUGCAGGAUAAUCUCACCCAUGACUUUUACUUCGCUCAUCGGCUUGACUUUGCCACCAGUGGAAUACUGUGCAUUCCGCUGAACAAAAAUGCUUGCAAAGAAGUGUGCCAGGUGUUCGAGGAGCAGCGCGCCAGGAAGUACUAUCUAGCGUUGCUCCGCGGGCAUACCGAUUUUGACGAGGAAGUAAUCGACAUCGCGAUAGGCGAAGAUGUGCGGUUCAAGGAUACAAGCAAAAAAAUGUGCACCAUCCUGGAGGAUGAACUAUGCCAAAAUCCACGACGUAGUAUAACGAAAGUGCUGGUGCUGGAUAGAGGCUACUACAACGGGAAGCCGGUCACCAAAGUGCUUUUACGGCCAAUCACCGGUCGCCGGCAUCAGUUACGGCUACACUGCUCGCAGAUCGGCCACGUGAUCGUAGGAGACUACACGUACAGCUUGAAAAUCGACACGUCGCCGCCACGCAUGUUUCUGCACGCGUUUCGCCUCGUGCUACCGAACACAAUCGAAAAUCUCGAUAUUCAGACGGACGAUCCGUUCACGGAGAAAGCGCUCAAGUACAAGUGGAAAGUGGUGGAGCAGGUGAACAGCAUUGCGAACGCGUUCGACAUCAUCGACUCAUUUUAACAUUUGUGGGAACCAUGUAGAAUAUACUUUUGUAGAUCGCGUUCGUUCACGUUUAGGUUGGACCAUUUCCGGCGCCGGCUGAAUGUAAAUAUUCGAUCCUUUUCUCGAAUUUACUCACUCUAGACCAACUGUUAUUGCGAUUGAUUGGGAUUAGAUCUGAACCGGCCAUUAAUAUUACACCCGUGGCAUACACGCCGGACGAUGGGGCAAGCUUUUGUUUUGACAAACCAUUUUGUUGUAUGCGAUCGUUGACCUUGAGUCAUUCGGCUAAAGCUUAAUAUCCAUGGAGAAACUCCAUUCGUGAGUCAUUCGAUUAAGAAAAUGUAUCUGUUUAUAUGCAAUACGGUGCCGUAAUGUGAUGAUGAUUCUAAUUGCAGCGACAGCGGAUAGGCAACAGAUUAAACAAAUCAUUAUGUUCAUUGUGUUCGAUCGUCGUAUAAAAAGAGUUACAAAUGAAUUGCAACAGAAUGCAAUCCAAUCGUAAUAUGCUCUACAGGAUAAGGAAACAGUUAUGCUAGUCAACACAACCCAAACCAAACGUUAGUCUAGAACACGUAAUUAAGCAAUCGUGAAACAUUCCAAUGUUUCGGUUUGUUUUUCUUCCUUUACUGUCACGCUAAUCUUCUGAAUCAUAAUGUUAAAAUGGGCAGAAUUCGCGUCACAGUGUUAAUCGAGGGCAAAAAAGGCGCAGCAAAAACAAUUCCGUUACAUCUACAAGCUAAAGCAGUUUUCGUUUCUAAAAGCAUUCACAUAGUUUUAUUGUUUUCUAGCGUUGUAUUUGCGAUAUGAAACUGCAAACCCUCGAAGGUAGAUCAACACAAGAUUAUUAUUUGCCAUCGAUCGAUUCAAACACGAUUUAUGAAACAGAGGAAGAACAUUAGAUAGCAAUUUACUAUUGAAAUGAUGUCGUUUUUCCUCACCCGAGGUUACGUACUUUACAACAGAUAAAAUAGGGAAAUAAUAGAAAAUUAAGCAAAUAGGUGCGAUUAACAGCAAACGACGACCAUAGACAUAUUCUACCGCAAAGCGAUAUUAGCGCGCAAAAGCAAAAGCCCCGUGUUGCACAUUCCGUUAAGGUAAGAUGCAAAAAAUUAGCUUCUAUUCAUGCUAGAAGAUACUAAUGUUCCGCUUACGAUUACUAACAUUUUCUCUUAAUAUUAGAUAUUGCCAUACUACGAUUAGGUAUGAUUUUGUUCAGUCCAAGUGAUCUUCAAUUUACAGUUCGACAAAUUACUUUUGACUGAAUUAUUUUACACAAUAUUGUUUUACAUUAGUAAACACUUAUCCAAGCGAUUAGAUGGUUAUUUAGUUUGCAUUUUUAAUUGCCACAUUGAAUGUUAUAAACCAUUUACCGCCAUACACGUUGUGCACAAGUUAACUGCAGUUAAAACUAUUUUACUGCGAUUUGGUUGAAUAGUUUUGCUUAAUGCACCUGUUAUUACGAUUGCAGACGAGGUGGAUACACUGUACAGGGUUAGUGAGACAUACAGGCAAACAAUGUUGUAAUGAGGCUUUCCGGAGAAGGAUACAUUUUGCAUUCUUAAUAGUAUAACAAGCGUGUCGUCGGCCGGCGAUAGGGAAUAGUCUAGCGAACGUUUCACACACACAAAAAUCGAAAACAAUAUCAACAUGCAUAGACAAACCAAGAACACAAUUUGCCACGUACUUAAACAUUUUGUACCUUUAUCUAAACUCUGCGGAUAUUGCACUACUCCUUUUUGCCCUUUCAUCCCCGAGGUCCGCGACUAUUCAAACAAUCGUAGAAGAAAAAAAAAUCAACAUCCAAAUCCCUAAUCCUCCCCCCGCGCCCUCCUUUCCCACCUUUCCCAAUCUUUCCGCCAGUCAAUGAAACCUAGUCAGCUUUGUUAAACUCUCUAAACUAUCGAAGGCGAUUGCAGAAGUGGAUAAAGUUUUCAAAUCUUACCUUAAAACAUACCAAUCGCGUACGACAUUGAGCCAAAGUGGCUUCUCCGUAUUAUGGGAACCUUUAACAGAAGAACUCAAGACACGCACCGAAUACCGAGAAUGGUCGAUACAAAAUUAUGCAGUGUAUUUUGCUUGAACGUUAAACUAGAUCGUACGUACUAUAGGAUCCUUAACGAUCGUAACAUGUUAUUUGAUUGUGUUUUGUACUUGAUCGUCAACUUUUGUUCAAAAACAUACUGCUCGACUAGUUCAGGCUAUGAUGAAUAGGUGAUGAAUAGGUUAAACGAACGUUGAAUAAUAAUUCGCACAUUUAUAGCUGAGAUGAUGAAACGAUUCAAAAAACGAUCAGAACAAUCAAAUAGAAGGCGUGCGUUCAGUCAGAAGUGUGGCGCACCACAUGAUAGAAUAUCGAAUGAACAUCCUGUCCGAGCUGGAAGACGAUGAGCUAGCUGUAUUUUGUGAGAAGAACUGCUGCUGCAUUAAAAGAUUCGAGUUUUGGAAGAACGACGAAUGAUACAAAUACUACCGAGUGCGGAGGAUGAUGUUUGUGAUAUCCCUUUGACUAAGUGGUGACCGGAGCAGCAUUGUUCGCAUUGUUUUUCCAUCACUGCCAUGUUACACUUAACAUAAACCUCCGGAGCUAACAGUGAAUAAGCGUGCGCAGCUCGUAAACGCUAGUGUCGUAUCUAACGAUCCUCAAUGAAUAUCUUUGUUUAAUCUAAUCAAUGCAAACUCAGGAAGCAGUCAGUGGCGCAAACAGUCUGUUACCUAGGUCUAUACGAUCCAUAACCGUACGUACCCGAUCACCACACUUGCACGUAACGAAUUCUCCAGUGAUCACCGAGUUAUACAAUAGUAUGCAAACGUGUAUUUACCGAUCAGCUCAAACGAUCAGCCAUUCCGCAUGAGUUUGAAAUACCAACACACAUCUCCAUAGCAAGGUGGUAUUGGGCCGCGCAAAGAAUCCGUUACACAAUUCACAAGACCACAGGAUAAGCCGACAGGACUCAUAUACUCGGUACAAUUUAGAGAAUUAAGAGCACAUCAAAGGUGCAACGGCAGUAUCGACUAGUAGCGCUAACAAUUAUUGUACUUCGUCGCAGCCUGUUCAAAGAUUCUCAUCUUUGGCGAAUCUGCGAAAAACGAUGUAAUAAAUCGCGAAAAUGCAGAACCAAAUUCAUACACGCAGCCGAAACGAGCCUAAGUUAGCGAGGGAAAAGACCUUACACAAGGCAAACGGAUCUUUGCGCCAUAAAGACAUUGAUCGACUGUUUUCGUUCUUUAAUUGUUGACUAGUAAGAAACUACAGAACCUAUUACAAACAAACAAACAACUCACACACGCUAAACUCGAUUGCAAAUUCAUUAUAGGAAACAAGCAGAUAUUUAAAUGAGACAAAUAGAGCACAUACGCUCGUACGGAGAGCUGUUAAGAUGUAAGAAAUGGCGAUUAUAUACAUAGCAAAACAAACAAAAAAAACACCGAAAGAACCAAGAACAAAAAUCGAAUCCAGAUUUUUUCUUAAACCUAGAACAUACGUCGAGGAAGUAAAUCAAGCCAGAUAAGAAGGAAAAAGACGACAAUUUAUGUACGUACAUUAAAUAAUUUCUUUUGAAAAGAAAUAAAAACGCUUUUUGAAAUCGAUCCAAAUACUAACAGCGAAGGUUUUACUGUAUACCAGAUGAUUGCUAGACUUUACAACCGAAGCUUUUAAAUUCCGCCAAAGAUGAUAAACUCUGCUAAUUCGUCGAAUAUGAUUGGGAAAAAUUUACCUUCCGAUUUUGGGGUGGAUGUGCACUUUGAAACUGAUAAAAUUUGAAUUUCCUACGUAUCGGCCAAGGUUAAUAGCUGAAUGUUAGCCAGCUGUCAAAGUUCGGUGGAACAUUGUCAAACUUCGGCUAUUUAUGACAUUUCAUCCGGGCUGUUCCGAACCCGAAUAAGCGAGGUUCUAUUGUUCUUUCGUGUUGUCUACGAUCCAACAGUUUGCACUCCAAUUUGACGAAAAUGAUUGCUAACGCCGCCGUACCGCGAUUGGCCACCGCCGCCGCCCAGGCCCUGCAGCGCCGUACGUACUUCUCCGUGUCGAGCAGCCUGCCCCAGGUUCGCGUAUCCCUCGCG